AUGCGAGGGCUUAUGCCGCUCGCACUGUCCCCAGCUGGUUCGGCAGAAUCUAGCCCCUCGACACCAGGAGAGCAGAUCGGAAUCAUGGUGGACGACUACUUCCCAGAGAUACUCGCCAAAGAUCUACAGCGGUCAAACUCGACGUCCGGAUACCGACUCAGCGGGCGUGAACUCCCACGCACAGCAAGCCCUGCCAGUGACUGUGGACCCUCUUCAACCAUGUCUGGGGCUCAUCGCUCUGUCAGUUCGCCUUAUCACGGCGUCUCUGGAGCGAGGCGGUGCCUUGGCCCUAUUCAGGAGCGCAACUCGGUCGUAUCCUUCCUCGAGCAGCAAAAUCACCAUCAUCAGCAGCAGCACUCCGCUUUAGACGAGGACUCGAGCGACGAGGACUCCUUUACUGACUUUUCCGCAUCAAAAGACCCAGUCGUCCGCGCCUUGAGCUUCCGGGAGCAGUCCAUCAUCACAGCUGCCACGUCGUUGGCGUCCUCGACCUGGGUACCGUCCCCCAGCACGCCUCCAUGCCGCAUGGGCAGAGGACAAAGUUGGAUUGAAGCGGACUCGGAAGACGAAGGUGUACCAGUCGACGAGACGAACGAGGAUCAAAUGCCAGGUCUCUCGCCAAGGCCACCUUCGCCCCCAGCUUCCAACAGCAGUGUUGGCUCAGCGGCCGAGAUGCCCGAUGUAGCGCGCCGAGCACCGCCACGUAGAGGACACCGAAAGUCAUACUCUAUUGGGGGAUUAGCAGCACCGCGCCGAAGGCCUUCUGCUCGCCGACCGGAUGAAUCACAGAGAGCUGGUGCUUCAUCACCUGCCCCUGACAUCCCUCGCCACGCCACUCAGACUCGCUCGAAAUCGACGUCCCCGGCGAUCCACCGACAGCGAGCGUCCAGUUUGCAGACGAGCCGUCAUGAUGGCUUCACAGCUCCUGCUCCGCACUCGCGACACAAGGACACCAUCGCUGCGUCACCGUCCGAUUCUCACUUCUUACAUCGACCUACCCAUGCCGAGGAGGACGAUGAUUUGUUCAGUGACGAGGAUGUCCCACGACCGAAACGCAGCCGCACGACCAACACAGUCUUCAUCCGCCCCUCACCUCCCCCAUCUCCUCUCCCCAGCGUGCAAUCAUGGCUCAACGGGAGCACACAGCCCUACACUGCACCAACCCCUGGCGACGAUCUACCAAAGGCUGUUCCCCUACCACCCAAUGUCGUUGAAACCCUCAGGGUAUCCAUUGCUUGCUUCCCAGAGACAAUGCUCCUCACCGAUAGUCUCACUGUGGAAACUAUCCGUAACUACGCCAAAAAGGUCCGCCAGCCCACCAGCGACGCCCUACUCAGCAACCUACAACCCGACUCACCCAACGGAGCGCCUCGCAAGUCGUUGUGGAAACGAGCCAUGUCAUACAAACGCUCCGCGGCAGCCCAGCUCCACCAGAAUCCGCGAUCGUCCAACUCGGGGGCCACAAAUCUCAAGUCACCCAGCACAGCAACCCUGGAGAACCAUGCGCCCAAGACCUGGACGCCCUUGAAACACGUAUUUGGCUGCUGCUCUGACUACAUCCUCGAUGCGCUCUGGGCACACGUUGUCGCCUACAACUGCAUCUCAGCCCUCGUGCCCCGUCUCCCCGCGGGUCGCGCACACAACCGGCUCAGCAGGCCGCCCACGUCCCACGACAAGGAGGAGAUCCCCAAGAAGGCCGCCUCCCUCCUCGGACUCGCUGCGUCUCCGGACAACUUUACGCGAAAAUUCACUUCGCAAUUGCCCUGGGGUCUCAACAAGGAGACCAUGGUGACGGAGCAAUCUGCCAAGUCGAUCAACUACGAUAAUACCACGAGAGAUAUACAAGCCGGUCUUAUGAGGUGCAUCAUGCGCCUGAUCGCGACGGCGAGACUCAUGUCUGAGAACGGAUCUACAGAGGACAGGUCCGUGGAGGUGGAAACGGGUAAUGUGGACGUGCUGUUUACAAGAUCGCUCUGCGAGAUUGUGCGCAUAGCCGAAGAUAACGCAUGA